GAUACCUAUCUCGACACGACAAAACAAUGGCGACAAAUCAGACAUUCUGGCCUGGACCCAUAACCAUAGUGGGCACAGGAAACAUUAUUAAACGGCGCGACAUAAACAUUGGCACCGACCUUGAGGAAUGGCAGCAGCGCCACGAUGCUUUUCUUGACGCUCCUUUACAUUUGCUCACUGAAACAGGGUUCAGUCAAAGCAACGGGUUUUACGGCCCCUUUGAAUUGGAAGAUGAAUUCUAUACCGCCUCGGCCCCUUUCAACAAAGCCAUUGGCAGUGUUCGGACGGGCUUCAGCACUCAGCAGAUGGAAACUCUGCGGAACCAGCUUCGAAUUGCAAAGCAACGAAACUUGAAGUCAAGAUUAUGGGGAUUGCCUGAUUGGCCGAUAUCGUAUAGGGACUACGUGUGGAAAAUACUUAUGCAAGAGGGGAUUGAUUUACUGAAUGCAAAUGACAUCGCCAGUGUAGCGAUAAAGUAUCGACAGUUAGGAUACCCAAGGGAAGCUGCAUAA